AUGAUCGAAGAACAAGAUCCUUUAUAUAACGAAAUACAUGAUUCUUUGCAAAAAGGAUUAAAAGUAGAUCCUUUAACUGCAGAAUCAUUAUUUGAUAAUUCAAAUAAAAAAUGCAAAAAACCUCAUCCUUUACGUGAAUAUCUUGAACCAAGUGAAAAUGGUCUUUACAUCUGCUGUAAACCAUGUCCAGGACAACGUCCUCAAGUACAAUGGCAAAAAUCAACAGGAAUUAGUACAAUUAAAUCAUAUUUUAAAAAAUUUCAUGCAAAUAUUUAUAAUCAAGUAGAGUUAGAAAUUAAAAAAACUAAAACAGUCCAACCUUAUGGAAUAGAUAAUGAAUCAAAAGUUAAACGCAUUACUUAUCUGCUUAUCAAGUGGAUUAUUUGUAAUCAACAAUCUUUUAUGGUUGUUGAAAAUCCUAGUUUCAUUGAAUUUAUCGAAGAACUUGAUGAACGGUAUCGAUUACCAUCUCGGCAAACUAUAUCUAAUCAAAUUGAAAUGAUUUAUCAAAAACAACGAUUAUUAUUAAAAGAUUUUUUAAAAACAAUAAGAAAAUUAGCUAUUACAACCGAUUUAUGGACUGCUUGUAAUAACAGUAAUUAUUUAUCCAUAACGCUUCAUUGGAUUAAUGAUGAUUGGAGUGCACAAAAAUUGCUUCUCGAUCUUGUCCCUGUUAAAGAUGAUCAUACGGGAUUAAAUAUUUCAAACGCUAUUUUAGAAAUUGUUAGUUUUUAUGAAAUUGGAGAAAAAAUAAUUGCAGCAACAACCAAUAACGGAUCCAACAUGAUUACUUUUGCUACUUACUUUCAACAAAGCCUUAAAGAAAAUUUUAAUAAUAACGAUUUUCAGCAUUAUCAUUGUGCUGCCCACAGUUUAAACUUAAUUGUUACAGAAGGAUUAAAAAUUGUUGAUACUUCUAUUAUGAAAGCAAGAUCAUUUGCAUCUACUAUACGUAAUUCACAGCUGAUUUUUCGAGAAUUAAAAGAUAUAUUUAAAAUGAAAAACAAGAAGUUUCUUGUUCCUGAUCUAGAUGUUCCAACCCGUUGA